UUCAAUUGCAAUCGAGGUGAGGUCUUGAAAAUGUCACAAAUAAACGAAUUAUUAAAAUCAAAAAGGUUGGAACAGAUGAAACGUGUUUUUAGCACUGAAUCUACCACAAGUUCAUGUCAAUACACAAAUUAUGGAAAACAAGAAAAUUUAAAUCAAGUCCCAUAUAAAUAUAACCGAUUCGAACUCGUCCUUAAAUUACUCGAAUUAGGAACCGACAUAAUCAAUAUCGGCCUCUACUCCAGUUAUUUAUCAACAACAUUCGAUAAGCACAACAUCAUCAAUUCACAAAAUGUAAACAACCAAACUGAAAUAUGGGAUCCAAAAAUUGAACGCGAUUACGUGACAAUAAAAAUUUUCCCCAAUGUUGUUUUUGGAUCGUUUAUAAUCAUUGUUGGGGUUAUUUUAAUCAGUUAUUUACUCGGUCAGGUUAUUUCGGAGGUGAUCGGAAGAAUAUUUAACACGUUAGCGUUAGUUUUGCACUUUAUUUCCGGUUGUAUCACGUUGAACGAUUGGAUUUUUACUGUUAAAACGGAAAAAAAUGCUUCCGCUUGUAAUACCCUUCUCGCACAAGUUAUUACAACGUUUCUAUGUACCUUUAUGUACUCAUUCGAUUUAUUUUUAAGUUUAAAACGUGCUUUGAACUAUGAUGAUGUGGACGGUUAAUAUGUUCAAUACGCAAUUUCAAAUCAAUUUGUAUCCCAAAAUUAUGGAACAAAAUGUCCAAUUAGAUUCUAUUAACUAGUAUACUAUAUUUGUAGAAUUAGAUUUUAUAUACAAAAUCAUGUUUGAUAAUAACUGAUUGAGAAUCGAUAUAAAUUAAAGAUUAAAUUAACGAGAAUUUAUAAUAAAGUUACUCGAAAAAUAAAAUAUGCAUUGAAAUGAAA